CCGCCCGGGGGCCGCGCCGCCCGCCCGCGCACUUCCCCAGCGCCCCGCGGAGGCCACCGCGGGCAGGCGGCGUCCCCCGGCGGGGCGGAGGCGAUGACCGAGCGCCGGGAGCCGCGUCCCGCCGCCCGGCUGGACGAGGAGCUGCAGGCGUUGGGGUGGUAUCAUGAUAAUCUUACCCGACACGCAGCAGAAGCGCUGCUUCUUUCCAACGGGCAGGAUGGAAGCUAUCUCUUGAGGAAGAGUAAUGAAAGGGAAGAUUUGUAUUCCCUUUCUGUAAGGGGAAAAGAUUCUGUGAAACACUUCCAUGUUGAACACACAGGAAGUUCAUUCAAAUUUGGAUUUAACGAAUUUUCUAGCUUGAAGGAAUUAGUCAUGCACUUUGCAAAUCAGCCUUUAAUUGGAAGUGAAACAGGAACCUUAAUUGUAUUGAAGCAUCCCUAUCCAUGCAAAGUGGAAGAACCAUCCAUCUAUGAGUCUGUCCGAGUUCACACAGCAAUGCAGACGGGAAGGACAGAGAGUGAUCUUGUUCCAAGUGCUCCCUCCCUUGGUACGAAAGAAGGCUAUUUGAUAAAACAAGGCAAAAUAGUCAAGAACUGGAAGACAAGGUGGUUUACAUUGCAUAGGAAUGAACUUAAAUAUUUCAAAGACCAGACAGCCACAGAACCAAUUCGGGCACUUGACCUAACUGAAUGCUCAGCUGUGCAAUUUGACUAUUCCCAAGAAAGAGUCAAUUGUUUCUGCUUAGUGUUCCCACUAAGGACAUACUACCUAUGCGCAAAAACUGGAAUAGAAGCGGAUGAGUGGAUUAAAAUACUGCGAUGGAAACUGUCGCAAAUACGGAAGCAACUGGAGCAGCGUAACUCCGCCCUCAACUCCUAGCUGCACCUCCAGUACUGCUCCCUGGGCAGGAAUCGCCUCUUUGCCAAAGGGAAGGCGCCUGGCUACAAGGGGACAGUUUCAAAUGUCUGCAUGACUUGUGGAGGGCCUGUGCACGUGUGUCUGCCACACGCAGAUGUUUGCAUCCAGAUCUGCACACAGAUUUGUACAGCUGAGUGCUUUCAUGCUGUUGAGUCACGUGUGGAGACUUGCAAAAUCGCAGCGUCGAUUUGAUAUGCGUGAUUUACGUCCGUGGUGCACACUUAGUUCAGACGCCCAUUAACUAGCCACAGUAGUCACUUCAAAACCUUGUGGUCAUUCACAGCACUCUUGAGAAUUCACUGCAAGUUCCAUCACUACUAACCAUUAGCAGAGCAGCACCGUCUGUAACCCUGAGCCUGUCACUUAAAACCAGGUCUUCUGGAAACAUUAAAGACUUAUUUUGUAUGGCCUGUUUAGGGUCUAAAUCAAAAGAAGAAUGACAGAGCUAAUUACAUUUCUGUAGAUAAUACCUGGAUUACAAUCCAAACAAUUAAACCUAAUAUUUCAAGGCCCUUUUCAAGGUGAUGGAUGGGUAACACUUCUGGUCAAAUGUAUUUUUGUACAGUUUAGAUUUAUACCACAGCAAUGGAACGCCACCUGCAUGUUGGUCCCUUACGCUA